CAGAUUUGGAGCGUCGGCCAGCAUGAGUCCUUCAAAGAUACCAGUUCUACCAUCUCCAGAAGCGCUUGCAUCUUACAACAUCUCAUCGAAUGGUUUCUUGCCCGAGGAGACACCACUAGGUCGCCUUCCGCAUGAUUACUAUCAGCCAUGGGAGAGUUUAAUCGCACAAGUCACGGAGCUCAUCGAGCGGCAACAAAUCCGAGCGGCGAUUGAUGCUCUACCGGUGCUCGAUUCAUCACACCUCUACACCGAAGCCGAAUGGCAAAGAGCAUACUCGCUCCUGGCGGUAUUGGCGCAAGGUCACAUCUGGGCAGGACCCGAACCUUCUGAGCGCCUACCACCGCAAAUCACAAUUCCCUUCUUGCAGACCUCAGAACAUCUCGAAGUCCACCCAAUCGCCACAUAUGCCGCGUUGAAUCUCUGGAACUGGCGGCCGCUCAAUGCCUGCAGCGGAAGGACCAUUGAUCUGACAGAGCCAGACAACUUGAUUGCUCUCCAUACCGCAACAGGCACCGACGAUGAGUCCUGGUUUCUCGUCAUUUCCAAUGCCAUGGAAGCUCGCGCAGGACCUCUCAUCCGAGCAAUGUUGUCCGCGAUCGAGGCUGUCGACCGCAAUGACAACGCCACCAUUAUCGAGAGCCUGCAAUACUUCAAGCAAAGUAUGAUCGACAUCGGAAGACUUCUCGAGCGCAUGGACGAUCGAUGCCGCCCACAAGUCUUCUAUCACCACAUUCGACCUUUCCUAGCUGGAAGUAUGAACAUGGAGACAGCUGGCCUGCCAAAGGGAGUCUUCUAUGAUGAGGGAGAUGGCAAGGGAUCUUGGAGAAAGUACAGAGGUGGAAGCAAUGGCCAGAGCUCGUUGUUGCAGUUCUUCGAUGCAGUGCUCUCUGUCAACCACGAUCGAAGCGGUGGCUUUCACGAAGAGAUGCGACGAUACAUGCCUGGUCCACAUGCUCGGUUCCUGGAUGACGUCGAGAAGAUAGCGAACAUUCGUCACUACGUCGAUAAUCUGGACGCAUCUCGCGGCCACAGCGACGUGGUGCGGGCUUUCAAUGAGGCAGUUGCGAGUCUGAGCGAGUUCCGGAACCUGCAUAUCAACCUGGUGACCAGGUACAUCAUCAUCCCUAGUCGACAACCUAAGCCAGAGAGCUUGAUCAUUCGGAGGGAUAUUGCUUCGACUUCGACAAAGCUGGCUUCUGUUGAUUCCACUACCAAAGACCUGGUCGGCACUGGAGGUACCAAGCUAAUUCCAUUCCUGCGAACGUCAAGAGACGAGACCAGCGAGACUGUAGUCGCGAGAUGAAAAUCCUGUUACUCUCCUCAUGCUCAAUACUCAGUGCUGUCAUGCCUCGGCAUGAGUACGCCGAGCAAUCUAGCUCUGAUCAGGAGCCAAGAUCUCGCCCGAUCAGAACAAGGACCGCUGCAUUCCAGCGCAUACGCAGC